AUGGACCAGCUGAAUUUGCCUCCUUAUAAACCUGAUCAGCCGCCUUCCCAGAAUCAGAAAUGGUCUCAUACAAAGGAUGGUGUGGAACGGAGCACUUGGCUGGAGGUCGUGGAUAUGGCCGUAGAACUCUGCAAUGACACAAGCAGUAAAAAUGAUAGAUAUCUGGAAAGAAUUAAACUGGUUUUAUCCCCUGUCGGAGAGGUGGGGAUCACAGCACAACUUGGUCAAGGCGCUGGGGCUCCAAAGCCAAGAGGGAGGUUUGAUUCCAUCAAUGAUGAGUUUGGAAGCGAGGUGCUGGCUGUACAAAUCGGUCUGUUGAUUCACCUGCUCGAUUAUCGAAUUCUUCCUCUCGAAGAUCUGGACCAACAGCUUCUCCACCGUCGUCAUCUUCCUCCUCCGGCCGUACGGUCACAAAUAGUACAUCGACCAAUGCCGCAAAACCUUACUCCAAUGGCGGUUCGUGCAAGUGUGUCAGAUGGGGAAGAUUCAGACGUCGGGGAUUGGUGUUUGAAUCUCAAUGCUUCCACCGCGUAUCAGAAGAUAGUAGGUCUUCGAUUGACAAUCAUGGCGUCGGAUGUUGGUCGGAAAUCGCGGGUCGCUGGGCUAUUUUGCGAGAAGCCAGACAAGGCUGGUGGUCGUGCUCAGUGGAGGAUGAGGCUCGUCGGGGAGGGUCAGGCGUACGGUUGCCAGGCGCCCUUUCUUCUCGGCGUGAUUUCGAACUCGCCAGGAUUAGAUGCUCUUGCAGCUGGUGGUUCGCCGGAGAUGAUGGGAGAAUUAUUUUUUUCUCGGAAGAUGAAGAUUUCUUCUCGGAAGGAUAAUGGCGAGGAGAGAGAAAUGAGUUACCAAAAAUAUGAGAACGUUUGA